AUGGCGACGGAAGUGAAAGCAAGUUCAUUAACCGAAAUCACCCAAAUUGCAUCCAACCCACCAAACUAUCCUCGCAAUCCAACCGUGACUCCAAGGGAGCCGCUAGUGCUAUACAUCGCGAGGCCAUUCAUGAAUAAAGUAACUGCUGAAGACAUUGCCUCUUCUCUAUACUACUUGCACCUCAGCUCCCCCAGCGAUCCAGUCCAUGUGCCCCCGCCAGAGAGUGCGCCUCCGCCAAAAAGGUCCUUGUCUCGAAAGCCGCUACCAGAAUCCGCCAAAGCAUUGAGUCCCCUUAAUCAAAUCAGCACACACCGGUACCCUAUCAGUUGCGUGAGGCGUAAACCUGUUGGAUCAGAUGUGGCCUCUUCCCGAGCUUCCCAUUACCAAAGCUCUAAGGAGUAUCCAAUCCCUCCCGGACAAUACCCAACUGAUCCUCGCGCCUUGGCUACAGAAACGGCGGAAAGAAACUCACUGCUAGAACCUCAUCUAAAUUCCUAUCCUCACAAAAAUCAAGAUUCUACGCCCGAUGCGAGUUCAUGUUUGGAAUCUAGUCCUACGCAGGUCCAGCAAGAGGAGUUCUUGGUCACUAUCGUUCGACGAGAUCCUUCUUCUGGGGCACAAUGGAAUGUCGGCAACAUAUCAGGACAACCUAGAGCUAGUGAUAUGAAGAAAGGAUGGCAACUACCACGAUCGUCUCGAAAGCCAUAUUUUGAUAUUUCAGUAAACUUAACGACACCAGGAUAUCUUCACUUCAGAAAUCUAGAUAUCACGUGCAGUGAAACCUCCUGUGAAAACACAAAUCCAUCAACUCGUAGUUCCCACGAACCUAAUCUCUCCUUCGAAAGAAAACUAAUAAUGGAAGGCACACGCCUGUGGAUUAGAAGUUCAGAGCAACAGCGAAAAACAGACUCCGAAAUCUCUAAUAGUUUAAGUCCUAGACAUGAGUUCAAGUCACGGAGAGUCAGCUAUGAAAAUGGCGAUGGAAGAGAUGGAAAGGGAUAUGUCUUGUAUUCUCCGUGGGGGGGGCGGUGUAAAUUUCUUACCGGAUCAGGUGGACGAAGUCUACGCUGCCAUCACACCCUUCCGCCCCCGACUUCUGCAAAUUGUAGAGACGCAAAACACCAGACUAUGAUGGUUUCUGAACUUCGCUUCGACAUCCGUCCACCUUCAACCUCACUAAUGGCCCAUACAAAACUGUAUGAAGCUAAAAAAAUUUCUACAUCAAAAUUUAACAAGCUUCGUAACAAGACUCUUGGUUUAAAACCAAUGGCCCCCCCUCUUCCACCUCGGUCCCAUUCGUCCCUUAGCUCCCCCAUAUAUCAGGGUGAAGAGGAACAACAAAUCAAUGAAUUAUCAAGGACUAUCUCAAUGUACACGUCAGACGAGAGAGGCCAUCAGAUAAAUCGUAAUUGCUAUAAUCAGGUAGAAUCAGAUACAGACGACGCAAGGUUAGAUCUUAGUAUCGGACGAGAGAAGGCAGGCGGCGGAAACAGCGGGAAGCGUGCAAAGCUGGGGAAAAUGAUCGUUUAUGAUGAAGGAAUCAAGAUGUUGGAUCUUAUUAUAAGUGCAAACAUGGGAAUAUGGUGGAGCAUAUGGGGAUCAUAA